UGUAAUUAUUCUCGUUGAAUGUUUAAUUAUGGGCAAUCGUGAAAUAUUGGAUUGCUGCCGGGGGCUUUAUUUUCGAAGUAUGAAAUGACGAAGGCCCCAUUGAUUGUGAGAGAGCAAGAUGAGUUGCGGAUUGAUCCAAGGCUCGUUUUGAAUAAUAAGAAAGAGUGAAAUAAUGGAUAAGUUUAGUUGUCUCGAAUUACAAGAGAUGAACAAAUGCCUCAAACGCUAGAUGACCAUUGGGCACAUUUUAAAAUGUUUGUUUCGAUUAAGAAUUCUGUUACAUAUCUUUCAUGGGAUACUUAAAACGACACAUCUUGGCCAAAAUUGUUCUAAUAAUUAACUAUUACCAAGACGUGUAGACAAAACUAAUUAGGUGGGAUGCACUCGAGCAAAGAAAACAAUUAUGCUUCUAACUCGGUGUAUGUCAAGACCACGCAUGUGGUUACGCAUUUACGCUAAGACCAAUUAAAGUUCAACAAUAAAAGUUUGAGCACAUCAUGGCUUGUCACACAAUUUAUCCAAAAUUUGUGUAAGCUAAACAUAAGUUGAUAAAAACGAAAGUGCUAAAAUCACAAGACUCGGGGAUGUCUCAUACCUUCCUCCAGGUCAACAAAAUUCCGUAUUUGGUCUUUUGGGUUCGCAGUACAAAAAUAAUGAGUCAUUUUCUUUUUGAUGAGGGAUUCAGGGUUUCAAAAAUAAUUGAUUCAGGGAACACCAUAACUUAGUUUCAAGUGACGAUUUUGUGGAAUAGAAAUCUCUAUUCAAAACCGUCACUUCAAUGCCUGUGGUUUCUUAAGGGUUUUUCUUUGUUUCGUGGGUUUGGUGGUCUCGUCUCUACUGAAGGCCACUCAGCUCCCAGGAACUUUUUAACAUCGUCAGCUCUUUUUUUUUUAGUCGUCAAGCAGCUAAGAGAUCUAUCUUAUUCUUAAGCAAAAAGGGUUUCAACUCCUUGUGCUUAUAGGGCUGGUUCAGCCCUCUUAUAUUCCAAAAACAGAAGGCUCUGAGGGCUGCUCAGGACCCUUUUAUUCUGCAUACUCAUCCACAAACACCAGUAAACUGAGGUCAGGUCAGUAUGUUCAUCAGCCGUGAAGGUUAUCUCACCCUGGAGUCUCAGCUGCCAUUUGUCCUUGCUUCUGUCUUGUAUCUGUGCUCAGGAACUUAUCCCGUAAUAUAGCUUGUGAAUCAGAAGGCUUUGCCAGAGUAAAGAAGACAAUUGUUGGACGGUUGAAGGCAGAGGGCUGAGGGAGUACAGAGAGAGAGAGAGAGGGAGAUGGAAAAUGGAGGGGAUAGUUUGGUGCCUAAACUUGCGGGAUGGAAUUUGAAUGAUUCAAAUAAUCCCAAGAACAAUGAUGGGUUGUUUCAGGUUCUGAAAGCAGUCGAAGCCGCUGAAGCCACCAUUAAGCAACAGGUUGAUGAGAAUAAUCGAUUAAGAACAGAACUUCAAAAGAAGAUUCUAGAAGUUGAAAAAUAUAGAUCAGGAGAGCUGAAAGGUCAAACUCCUCAUUCAGUUGGUCAAUUGGAUCAUCUAAAUGAGGCUGAUGGAGCACAUCCAUCAACCUUGGGUUUUGAAAGUCAACUUCCUGAACUUAGAAACAUGGAUAGUAUAGGACGUAAUUUGUCUAGUAAUCUGUUGCUUGCAAAAGAUCCCAGGCAAAAUGAUUUAGACUUGACUCUGCCAAAUCAGGGAGAGAGCCAAACCGAAUAUAGCAAAGUGAAUGGUACAUUGAGAGCAAUACCUGGUGGCCUGACAACAACUGAUAAUUCUGGUGUUUCUCAUUUCUCAUCACCUUCGGCAUCAUUUUCACCCAACAGGUAUCAAAUAGAAGGAGAAUAUGACAGACAGCUCAAUUUAUCUGGACAAGGUUUGAUGCCAGUGGCCGAAGUUAACAGCAGUGUGAAGAAGGAUCUUGUUUUGAAGAUCCAGGAGCAUGAACAGGAGGUUGUACAAAUGAGGAAAUAUCUCUCUGAAUAUUCUAUCAAGGAAGCACAAAUUCGCAAUGAGAAAUAUGUUCUGGAAAAGCGAAUUGCUUAUAUGCGCAUGGCAUUUGAUCAGCAGCAACAAGAUCUUGUUGAUGCUGCCUCUAAAGCGAUAUCAUACAGACAAGACAUAAUUGAGGAAAAUAUACGCCUUACAUAUGCACUGCAGGCUGCACAGCAAGAAAGAUCAACAUUUGUAUCAUCUUUGCUGCCACUUCUUUCAGAGUACUCACUUCAGCCACCUGUAGCUGAUGCACAGUCAAUUGUCAGCAAUGUCAAGGUUUUGUUUAGACAUUUACAAGAGAAGCUUUUUGUUACUGAGGCCAAGUUGAAGGAGUCUCAGUACCAAAUGGCACCUUGGCGAUCAGAUAUGAACCUGUCAAAUUUUGCUCAUUCACCUCCUCAGUCUGCUGGGAUUAAAGAAGGUCUUGAACUAGUACCUCAACAAGCCUAUUCCAGUGAAAAGGCUCCUCUUUCGUCAGAUCCUCGGACUACAACAGACUGGGAUCCCUUGAGCAAUCCUCAGAGUGGUCUAAACCGUGAUGCAGAAAGAAAUCCGGAGACUGAUGACUUGGGGAGGUAUUCACCUCUUACAAGCAGGAACACUACAGUGCAAGUUAUACCAGCACAACUUGCAGUAAGCCAGGGUUAUACGCAUUCCAAGCCUAAAAGUGAAGAAACAUCUAGUAAGCAAGUUACUUUUAGUGAUCUCAUCAGCAGCAAUGAGAUGGAUGAUUCUGACAUGGAAAGACAUCAAAAUGAUAGAGAGCCUUCAGUUAAUUGGGCUAAUAAAAGCUCAGCAUACACAUCACAGCUAGAUGAACCAGGCUCAUCAUACUCUCCAUACCUUCCACCAGUUCUUGAGGAACCUUCAUCGUCCUAUUCAGAAGUAGCAGAUGAAGAGGCACUACCUGCAAUAGAGGGUCUCCAAAUUUCUGGUGAUGCUUAUCCUGGACAGGGACUCCAAGCCUGUGGCUACUCUAUUAAUGGAACAACCAGUUGCAAUUUUGAGUGGGUUCGCCAUUUGGAAGAUGGAUCUUUUAACUAUAUAGAGGGGGCAAAGCAACCAACUUACCUUGUGACUGCUGACGAUGUUGAUACUUACCUUGCUAUUGAAGUUCAGCCAUUGGACAACCGAAAACGGAAGGGUGAACUCGUGAAGGUCUUUGCAAAUGAGCAUAGGAAGAUAACUUGUGAUCCUGUAAUGCAUAGUUGCAUUGAGAAAACCCUUUAUAGUGGUCAUGCUUCAUAUAAAGUUUCAUUGUCGACGCGAUAUCUUGAUAUAUGGGAGUCUGCUACCUUGGCUAUCAAGAGGGAUGGUUAUAGCAUCAAGGUUAAUGGGCCUGGUGGUGUUCUCGUCAAUGAGAAGUUUUCUCAAUCUACAAUUGUUACUAUUCCAUAUGGAAGUCCUACAGAAUUUUCGAUCUUUGAUAGUCGGGGAGUUGAGCAUCUUUUGAAGGCUGAGAAUGAUCAAGGAGACAUUAACUGUUCAAGGGAUACAAUUGUCCUCACCAUGAGACUAUUUAUUAUAAGGGCUGGUGAGAAGAAAAAAGGAAGGAGGAGAGGUUUGUUUUUCAACAAGUGAAAAGCUAGUCAGCCUUCCAAAACAUAUUUAUUAGUACACUUGUGUAUUCUUCUGUGAGUAGUUGAGCUUUUAGAUCUGUAUUUCUUUUUGGUUACCAGUUCUGUUACAUAUUGUUAGUUCGUUCAGGUUAUCAUUGGCCUCAAUUUCUCUUUUUCGUAAAUUUUCUUUGAUAUCAAAAUGCAGUAUAGCCUUUUUGUCUA